AUGAAGCGGAAGCAACGAGGCUCCAGGCCUCCUCGGUCGAACAAGCCUUCCUCAGCCACUCUCGUGCACGUCCUCUACCUCGAGACCGCCGAGGACCAGCGAGGCAGCGACGGCUUGCGCUCUCCGGGCGUGCACCUCAACGAGCGCGGGCGCGGGCCGGCGCUGUGUGCUGCGUGCGGUGGCGUGGCCGACGCAUGGCGUGGCCGUCUGGACAACAUGCAGACGGCACUGCGCAUGUGCUGCUCCGAGGGCGCUCUCUUCCGGCCCUCCGUCGCUCAGUUUGCGCUCGUCUCUCCGCGUGCAGUGAUCCGGUACAGCCUGGCCGAGUUUGGCGGGUGGCUGAGUGAGCGUGGCACGAAGCGCGCCACUGAGGCGGUCGUGAUCGGCGCAGCGCUGCGCGCCGCCUCGGGCGAGCUGCCUGCGGCGUCGGGCGUCUCCCACGCGCCGCUCGAGGUUGCGCCCGACGGCUCUCCCGAGUGCAUGUGGGCGUGGCACACAACAGCCGCCGGCGCGCUGGCGGCGUCGCUGCGAGGGUGCGGCGUGAGCGACCUGCUGUUGUGUGUGGGCGGCCCGUCGGGCGUGCCUCGGCGGUGGCAAGAACGGCUGGCGGCGGCGCUGGGCGGCGAACGCGGCGAGCCCGCUCCUCCGCUGCUCGGGGUGUCGCUGCGGGGCGGCGUGCAGCACUCGGCGCCCGCCCUCGCGGAGCUGCUCCUGCUCCACGAAAGAGGGCGCCUGCUGCCGCUCGUGCAGGACCGGCUGGCGCUCAGCGACGAGCAGCACAAGGCGUGGCGGCGCGCCGAGCGCGAGAUAGUGCACGCGUGGCUGCGGGCUCUGGGCCUGCACGCCGACGGCAACACGGCUGACGGCGGCGGCGCUGCCCUCCCGGCGGCGGCGGAGGUGGCGCGGCUCCUCGAGGCGCACCGCGCGCUCCUGCAGAGGCUCGAGGCGGCCGGCUCGCUCCGUGCGGGCGCGAACGAGGUGGGGGCCGGCAGCGAGGAGGGCACGGAAGAAGCGGGGGAGGGGCCAGGGGGGCGGCAGGGCUCGGCUCGCGGCGCCCUUCCGCACAAGCCAGAGGCGGCGCGAGCGAUCCGAAAGAAGAAGAGGAGGGCGACACAGGGGAACUGA